GGGUUUAAGUAACGCACAAGUGGCUGAAACUCGUUUCUCUUCUUUCUCUGUUUUCAGUGAGAAGCACAGCCGCACGGAGCACGGGUCUCUUCUUUGGAAACACUGUUUUUUGUUUUUAAUUUAACAGCUCCUCGCACAGAGCCAGGAAAAGGACAGAAAAAUGCCCAAAGCGGUCAAUGUUCGCGUCACCACCAUGGACGCUGAGCUGGAAUUUGCCAUCCAGCCCAGCACCACCGGCAAGCAGCUGUUUGACCAGGUGGUGAAAACCAUUGGCCUACGUGAGGUCUGGUACUUCGGACUUCAAUAUAUGGAUGGCAAAGGUUACUACACUUGGCUCAAACUGGACAAAAAGGUGUCAUCCCAGGACGUGAAGAAGGAGAACCCACUCCAGUUUAAGUUUCGGGCCAAAUUCUUCCCAGAGGACGUGGCGGAGGAGCUCAUCCAGGACAUCACCCAGAAGCUCUUCUUCCUGCAGGUGAAGGAGAGCAUCCUGAGCGACGAGGUCUACUGUCCCCCGGAGACAGCCGUGCUGCUGGCGUCCUACUCUGUUCAGGCCAAGUUCGGAGACUACAACAAAGAAGUCCACCGGCCUGGAUACCUGCUGUCUGAACGCCUGCUGCCACACAGAGUCCUGGAGCAGCACAAGUUAUCCAGAGAACAGUGGGAGGAGAGGAUUCAGGUGUGGCACGAGGAGCACCGUGGGAUGUUGAAAGAGGACGCUAUGCUGGAGUACCUGAAGAUCGCCCAGGACCUUGAAAUGUACGGAGUCAAUUACUUUGACAUCAAGAAUAAGAAGGGCACAGAGCUGUGGCUGGGAGUGGACGCCCUGGGACUCAACAUUUAUGAGAAGGAAGACAAAUUGACCCCAAAGAUUGGCUUCCCGUGGAGUGAGAUCAGAAACAUUUCCUUCAAUGAUAAGAAAUUCAUCAUCAAGCCCAUUGACAAAAAAUCUCCGGACUUUGUCUUUUAUGCGCCGAGACUGCGCAUAAACAAGCGCAUCCUGCAGUUGUGCAUGGGCAACCACGAGCUGUACAUGCGUCGCCGCAAGCCAGACACGAUUGAGGUGCAGCAGAUGAAGGCCCAGGCCCGAGAGGAGAAGCAGCAGAAACAGAUGGAGAGGGCCCAGCUGGAGAAUGAGAAGAAGAAGAGGGAGGCCAUUGAGAAGGAGAAGGAGCAGAUGGAGCGAGAAAAGCAGGAUCUGAUGAUGAGGCUCUACCAGUUUGAGGAGAAGACCAAGAAGGCAGAGAAAGAUCUGCAGGACCAGCUCCAGAGAGCCAUGAUGCUGGAGCAGGAGCGGAGGAGAGCCGAGGAGGAGGCCGCUCGUCUGGAGGCAGAGCGUCAGGCUGCCCUGCUGGCUAAAGAGGAGCUCGCCCGCCAGGCUGAGAACCAGAAGAAGAGUCAGGAGCAGCUGGCUUCAGAGCUGGCAGAGCACACAGCCAAGAUCACCCUGCUGGAGGAGGCCAAGAGACGCAAGGAGGAGGAGGCUGACACAUGGCAGCUCAGGGCCAGGGAGGCCCAGGACGAUCUGGUCAAGACUAGAGAGGAGCUGCACAUGGUGAUGACGGCGCCCCCGCCACCUCCCCCUCCUCCCAUGUACGACCACUUGGACGACAACAGCGACAGCGAGGAGAACGCCAGCACGCACAGCGCCGACCUGCAGACUGAAGGCAUCAACGACCACCGCAACGAGGAGGAUCGCCUGACUGAGGCUGAGAAGAACGAGCGUGUCCAGAAACAGCUGAAGGCCCUGACCUCAGAACUGGCUCAGGCACGUGAUGAAUCCAAGAAUACCCAGAACGACCUUCUUCACUGUGAGAACGUCCGGGCCGGCCGAGACAAAUACAAAACCCUGAGACAGAUCAGGCAGGGCAACACCAAGCAGAGGAUCGACGAGUUUGAAGCCUUAUAAGAAGCCCUCUGCCCCCACCCACGUACCCUUUCUGAAUGGUCACUACAUCUCGCUCCUCGGCUGACACAUGUCAACACACACCCUCAAACGACUCACAUACACAUCGGUUGCAGACUUAACUGGAGCAGUAUAAGCACAGCAAAAGCAUCACUUCCCAGAGAGAUGAACUCCUGUUGAGAGUUUGUCUGGCAGUAUGCAGGGCUUUGCAAAUCCUUUGAAGAAGACUUAGUGCCAAAACCUCCUCUUUUCUUAGUGUUUCAGAUCUUUUUUUUUUUUUUUUUUUUUUUUUUUUUUUUGUAUGUAUUUGAUUGUGUAAUUUGAUCAGUUCAGACCAAAUCAUUAUUGUUUUUAACCAGAGGUGUGAUGAAGUAGUGGGACUAGCCAAAUUCUGUCAUUAUUUCGUGAUGUGCAUAUAGAAUAUAUCUAAUCAAAGCCUGGCUUCUUUUUGAUGUCUGUUAUUUGUUGUGUUGGAAGAAAACAUUUAUGGCGACCACUCAGAAAGGGGGAAAACAGUAUAAGCAGAAAAAUGUAUGUUUGUUUUUGUUUUUCCAUUUUAUUUGAACACUUCCACUUAUGUUUAAUAUUGAUAUACAGUAGUUUAAAUCAUUCCUAGUUUGAUAUUUAUACUGUAUAUGGGACAUUAAAAAGGGUAUUUCAUC